AUGGCGGCAGUAUCCUACCCAAUGUCUCCCGCGAGGCAGCCCUUUGCAGUCCUUGGUGAGGCAAGACUGCGGACAGCCAACAGCAUCAAAAACCAACAGAAUGGCGCGACGGCAAAGUCAUUGAAGCGUCGACUAGACAUGUCAGACACAGCAGACGCUGAGAAUAUCGACCCUCUUCUCAUGGGCUCUCCGUCCAAGCGCAACAAGGGUGGCAUCCAGGUGCACCAAGAUACCACCAUCACCACUAAUAAUACCAGCAAAGGCGCGAAACAGCAACUCGGAAUUCAUCCCUCCUGCGCGUCCAAUUCGCGGUCAGACGCCUCUCUCUGCUCCUCUCAGAGCACCAGCUGGCCGUUCUCCAAAGUCAAAGGCAAAGAGCGUGAAGGCCUUUGGGCGGCGGUAGCCUUGGCUUCUACCGCGUUGACCCUCCCACCACGAACAAGCGUAGCAUGGGCUCGGGUGCCCUUUUCCAUUGCCGAUGCGCUCAAUGGCACCUUCACCGUCUCUCGUCCAGUUGUCGAGUCAGCCUCAUCCACCACGGCAAAGACAAGACGCCCAAAGGCAUGGGACUUUGAAAUUCAUGCUGACACCGAACAGGAUGAGAUGGCAAACCUGAUGGAGCACUCGACUUGCGUUCUUGACAUCAGCGACGACGAAGAGAAGCAGGCACGCGAAAACAGAGGCAAGGAGAACAUUCCUCCCCCUGCUAGUGGGAACAACGAACCUUCUACUACCCAGCGGACAUCAGCCACUGCCCCUAGGAAUGUAGAAAUGGGAGAUGAGCCUCGUUCGCCUUUGGGUGAACUUGAUGUGAAGGCCUUCGUCCCUGAAGGCGAAGAUAUUAACGGUAUCGUUAUCAUCCCCGAGGACGAGGAUGACACGUCUGCUGAACAGAACCCUACCGUCGGCCCUACCGAGAAGUGCCUGGAUACCACCACAAAGCAAGAGUCUAAGCCUGUUGUUCAGUCAGAAUCCCUCUCCAAGACCAAGAUCUCCGCUCCGCUUGACUGCACUGCUCCAAAGAGCCAAGUUAAGGAGCCGGCCAAGAAGGACACAUCCGCCACCGAGAUAAAGAUCUGGGAGAGCUCAAGUGAACCUGAGGAGGCAUUUGCCACCGCGGAAUCUGAGCAGCCCGUUGAACCAACUGAUCCCUUGUCAUCCUAA